AUGUCCGGAAUAUUCCAGGGAUCGAGAAACAGUGGAACUUUGUGUUCGUCUUUCUCGCUCCUCCGUUGAAUAAAUGGAUGGAUUGGGGCUAACUGGGGAUUCACGGGGCAGUUCUCGGAGGAGAGAAAAUUACGGGGUCGGACGUUAGGGAUCAGAAUGGUAAUUCAUCUCGCUUUCUAUUCGAGUGUGUUAGAGGGGAGAUGAUAUUGAUGAGGGUCCGAAAUAGUUCUCGCCACGCAAGCUAUAGCGAAUAUCGUCAAGAGCUCGUUUGGUCCUUCGGGGUUGGAUAAGAUGAUGGUGGAUGAUAUUGGAGAUGUUACGGUCACCAAUGAUGGUGCUACUAUUCUUGGCUUGUUGGAUGUUGAGCACCCCGCCGGGAAGAUCUUGGUCGACCUGGCCCAGCAGCAGGAUAAAGAGGUCUCACCCCUCUUCCUACUGCAUUAUCACCUCCGGUUUGCAAUGCUGAUUAUCGGUGGAUUGGAUAGGUUGGAGAUGGAACAACUUCGGUCGUGAUUAUCGCCGCCGAGCUCCUCCGUCGAGCAAAUGAACUCGUCAGGAACAAGAUCCACCCAACUACAAUUAUUACCGGUUACCGUCUCGCCCUCCGUGAAGCUGUAAAAUAUAUGACGGAAGUAAUGUCGGUAAAAGUCGAAACCCUGGGAACCGAACCCCUCCUAAGCAUCGCAAAGACCUCUAUGUCCUCCAAGAUCAUUGGUUCAGACUCAGACUUCUUCGCGCAGAUGGUCGUGGAUGCAAUGCUCGCCGUCAAGUCCACCAACACAAAAGCUGAAGUUAAAUAUCCCGUCAAGGCGGUCAAUAUCCUCAAGGCCCAUGGAAAAAGUGCUACCGAGAGUGUGCUCGUUAAAGGAUAUGCUCUUAACUGCACUGUUGCUUCCCAAGCUAUGCCCACGCGGAUUCUGAAUGCAAAGAUCGCAUGCUUGGACAUGAAUUUACAGAAGACAAGAAUGGCAUUAGGUGUUCAUAUCACUGUUGACGACCCUAACCAGCUAGAGGCAAUCCGACAGCGGGAGUCGGAGAUGGUCCUGGAGAGGAUAAAGUUGGUUCUGGACGCCGGUGCAAACGUCAUCCUCACCACUAAGGGUAUCGAUGACCUCUGCUUGAAGACAUUUGUAGAGAAGGGUGCCAUGGCCGUGCGUCGUUGUAAGAAGGAGGACCUGCGAAGGAUCGCAAAGGCUACCGGUGCAACACUAGUCAGCACACUUUCGAACCUGGAAGGGGAUGAAGUCUUCGAGGCCUCAUCUCUCGGAUCUGCGGAGGAGGUUUUCCAGGAGCGUAUCUCAGAUGACGAAUGUAUCCUGGUGAAGGGCACCAAGGCAUACUCCUCCGCAUCCAUCAUUCUCCGGGGGCCAAACGACUACCAACUCGACGAGAUGGAGCGCUCAAUCCACGACUCCCUCAGCGCUGUCAAGCGCACCCUCGAGAGCGGGAAAGUAGUCCCUGGGGGAGGAGCCGUCGAAGCCGCCUUAAGCAUCUACCUAGAGAACUUUGCUACCACAGUCGUACGUUCCCCUCCCUUACAUCCCCCCAUAUCCCCUCCAUAUGCUAACGGGAAUAAACAGGGAUCUCGCGAACAAUUAGCCCUUGCAGAGUUUGCCUCCACCCUCCUAGUCAUUCCCAAAACAUUGGCCGUAAACGCAGCAAAGGACUCCUCAGACCUAGUUGCCAAGCUCCGCUCCUACCACGCCGCCUCGCAGACCGCCGCUGAAACUGAGACCAAGAAGCGGAAUUACAAAAACUAUGGGUUGGAUUUGAUUAAGGGCAAAGUUGUGGAUGAGGUUAAGGCUGGUGUGUUGGAGCCUACGAUGAGUAAGGUUCGGAGUUUGGUAUGUUUUCUCCUUCCAUUCCUCCCUAACCCGAAGUGGAUCUAAUUUGGCUUGUUAAACAUAGAAAUCUGCCGUGGAGGCAUGCAUUUCCAUCAUGAGAAUUGAUACCAUGAUUAAAUUAGAUCGUAGGUUUUCCUAUUAUUCUUGCACCCCAUUAUCUCUCUGCUGAGAAACGAUCGCUGACAACGUUUUUUCCUCUCCUUUCGUACCUACAGCGGAGCAAAGACAGGAGGACCCUCACGGGGAUCACUAAUCUAGGGUUUUAAAGGUGGCUUUCUCAAGCUUGCAAUGUCACUAUAUACUUUUAUCGGCUAGAGAAAAUAGUUGUACCAAAAAAAAAGUAGAGAAAUACAAGUUUUUAGUAGCUUCUAUUUUAAACAACCACCUGGUUUUUUUGUCCCCCCACAACAAUAACCGGCUGGUCAUUUCCUAGAUGAGCAUGUUCACCAUGUUCGUUCCAGUGGUAUGAACUCAUCCUGCCCGCCCGCCCGCACCGUAAGACUUUCCUCAGCACCGCUCCCUUUGUGAGCAAGCUGAACGACGGGCCUAUGAGGUGAAUAAAACAACUAAAACCGAUUUGUAAUACCAUUACCACGUUUAUCCUAUCCAACACCGCACUAUCCUCCCGGAUGAGCCAUCCGGUCGUUCCAAAUGGCCAAUCCAUGUUAUCCAGUGUGACACCAGGGUCCAUCACCCCCACAGCCCGACAGCGUCACCUCACCAAUGCUUGCUCAAGGGACGCACAAUGGCACCGCAAUACCAUUCUCUGCACAGGUGGGGGAUAUCAAAAUCUCCAAACGGGUUCCGGCCCCGUGAUUCUCAUUUAUUACCCGUACGGCACUGUAUCCAUUGAUGUGUGGCUGUGCAUAUCGCCCAAUCAUACUAAUAAUACCCGGGCGCUGCAGCGGCGGGUAUUGAAUGGGGGUGGUCUUCGACAAAAUGUGGAUCGAGCGGUACUGUACUAGCACCAGCACAGCAUCAGAACCCAAGUAGGGGGGGUGAUCUGGUUUAGCACGAUUGUGGUUUGCCGUCGUUUACAUUCAUUCAAAUACAAGUACCAGACAUGUUGUAUGAAUGCAGGUGAAUGGGAAGAUGGUUUACUAAGAAGAGCUCUUUAUGUCCCAUCCUCCUUCCCUUUUUUCCUUUCUUUUUCAUCUGAUCCUUUGUUCAAUUUCUUACCAUCAGGUAUCCUUAAAUUGCCCAAGGAGGGGAAGAAAGAAAAAAGUACAUAAAAGUUCAAUUAUUUUAAUUUUAAUCCUAAGUACAGUACAAAAGAGUAUUAUAGAUAUGUAUCAAUCUGUUGGAUGUGGCAGGAAUGGUGCAGUGCUUUUAACACUGGCACCUAAAACUCAGAGUAUUGAUACAGUAUAGCAAGUAGUACAGCUUAGAGAACAGUUUAAGGAUGAGUGAUGGAAUUUUUGUAGCAUGAUAGAAUAAUUUAGUACUAUUCCAGAAUGGUAAAAUAGGUAUGGGAGAUGGCAGGAUGUUUGAGAUCCUUAUAUAGAAUACUAAGUUGAUGUUAGCUAUUGCCAAUGCAGAUACAGUAUAUUGUAACAGUAGAUAUUCUGGAGAGAGGUGAUACUAUAAUAUUAUAUUGAGAUAAUUCUCCCAGUUAGGAGAAUCACUAGCAGUGUAUACUAUUUA